CGCGGGCGCUGGAUGUUGGGCUGCGCGUGCGGCCCCGCGGCGGGAAGGUUCCAGAAGGGCGCGAGGCGGAGCCGUUGGCGCAGUGUCUGGCGCGCGGAGGGCGCUGCGCAGUGCGCUGCGCAGUGCCGUGGCGGCCCGCUGCUGCCCGUAACGCCUUAGCCUUGUGGCAGGUUUCCGUACAGCCAGUGAGCGGGCACCUGUGUGCUUGGCCUGCUUUGGGUGCCUGCUGCCAGCCAGCAGCAGAAGCCUGUGGAUGAUGGCAGAGGAGGAGAACCAGAGAAAGGGAAACUUGGUCUGUUUGUCUGUGACUGUUCUCUAUUGUUUGGUCUUUUGCUGAUAAGGUUGUUCCUAUGGCUUCUGGCAAGCUUUCCAGCCGUAGUGGGUAAGCUGGUGACCCGGUGAGAUGCUGAAGUGAAACCAGCAUACACGUAUUCUUCUGAUAUGGAAACAGCGGAUAUCCACAAGGGACCUUGAUGUUAUAUCAACAGGAUACCACAGGAAAACAAAAGAAGGUCAUAACUAACAUGCGGGCAAUACGGUAAUCAGACAUGGAAUGUGCUAAAGACCAGCUCUGACUCUUAACCAAAGGUGAAACAGGUGAAAAGCCUUCUUUUUGGUGUGCUGGUGCCAGGCCACCAAGUGCCCUGAAGGUAAGAGCCAAGUUUAACUGAUUCUGCUGUUCCCAGAACCGUAGGAAGGAGGUGAAGAGUGUGAUCCCAUGUUAACAGCCAGGUGAGUUGAAGCACUGAUACAGCAGUUUCAGGAAAGUUGAAAUCAAUCUACAUGGAUGUUCCUGCUGUCACCUCCGCUCUGAUCUGUGUGAUUCUCUUUCCUUCCUGGCUUCUUCAUAGUUACUUGCCUGACCCUCAGUGAAGUAGUUCAGGAAUUUACACGAGCACAAAAAUGUUUUCAUAUGGGAGGGUUAAAUUCCAGCUGACUUUGGUCCUUAACCAAAGUUACUGCAGAAUCAGUCAGAUGCUAAUACUGGAGCAGUGCGAGAAGCAAAUCCUGCAGCUUUGAGCAAGCUUCGGCUACACAGCCUGCAGAGACCUCAGCCAACUGAUGUGAUGCAUUGUGUCUGUGGUCAGCAGGGUCAGUUGGGUCAGGAGGAGCACAGGAAUAAUGUGGUGGUGUGUGUGAAAACAACCCAGUGGUAAUGAGGAACUAAUCCAGAGAUGUUAAACUUACCUGUGUGUGAGUACCUCUAAAAUCUGGAUUAUGUACUCUGAUAGAGCUACCUGUAGCAGUUUAAAAUACAAUCUUUGCUGUCUGAAGUGAGUUGAUAACAUUGUUAGUUAACUUUCUUAGAGUCUGUGCUGUACCCUCCUCAGUCCACAAUCCUGUUGGCUAACCAAGUGACUGUGGAGGGGGGCACAGUUCCCAAAUGCCACGUGACAAAGGCUGAGGUUCCCGUUCCCUUUUACCUCCCUGGGAACACGUGUUAACCUUGUCUGGGAGAACAGGCUGGAGAAACUGGCAUGGGAAUGCCUGAAACCAGCCCAUCAGCGCACAAGUCAGACCCCUGCGGCAGUGCUUUUAGGCACAGCUGCCUCUAAAUCUGGGUCUUUGGGGUCCUGAGAAACACCAUCAAUUCACUGGGGAUUCUCAGUCCCAAAUCUGAAUUUCCAUGCUUGUCAUCUGCCAUACCUUAAACCAAUGUGCUGUAGUUUUUACUGGAACUGAGUGAAGUAUGAAAAUGUCUUUGUGGCCUUAGUGUUCUGUUUCAUGAUAGCUGUGCAUCAUGAUGCUGAACUAUUGCAAAGCUGUCCAGUGAAAUGCCAAAAGGCUGUUCAUAUCUCCUGGGUUUCAUCAGCCCCUUCCAGGCCCUUUAUCUGCAGAGUUCUCGGUGCUGCUUGGGAUUUCAUCAUCAGACCUGUAACGUUUUGUGCAUUUCUUAAAGCCAGAGUGCCUGGAGUCAUGUGAUUAUGUAAGAAUUUAAAUGUCAUUUUUUCUUAAGCAUAUGAUUAGAUCUUGAGAUUGAGGAGGAAAAUUGAGCAAUACGAACCUAGCAGCCACAGACAUUGGAAGCAAAGAGCAGCGUUCAGCGUUUACAGCAGCAGUUCCAAGCCGAUCUCGGGAGUCACCGCGGCUCUGCCUUGUGAGCACGCGGUCGGGCAGCAGCGCUGGCUGCCGGGGUGCAGAAGGCGCUCUCUCUCCUCGCCGUGAGCCGCGCUCCGCCCGCCGGCAGCACCGCGCAGUGCCCUCUGUUGGCUGCCCGGGUCCUGCCUGCUCCUCGAGGCUGGGCCCUCGUCCCCGCGGCCCUGCAGGAAUGUUGCCGGUCCGGUGGGUAACUUCGUUCCUCGCCGUUCGCUGCUCCCUGCUGCUGCCGAGGAAGCUGAGCGCUGACGGGGGAAGGUGGAGCCUUUGAAGCUGCUGCCCCUGCUAUGAUGCCCGGGCAGAUCCCCGACCCGUCCCUGACGGCCGGUGCACUGCCGGGGCUCGGCCCCUUGACAGGACUGCCUGGCACCGCCCUGACAGCCGAGGAGCUGAAAUACGCCGACAUCCGCAACAUUGGGGCCAUGAUCUCACCGCUCCACUUCCUGGAGGUGAAGCUCGGGAAGAGACCCCAGCCUGUGAAAAGUGAGCUCGAUGAGGAAGAGGAGAGGAGGAAAAGGCGCCGGGAGAAAAACAAAGUAGCAGCAGCGCGAUGUCGUAACAAGAAGAAGGAGAGGACGGAGUUCCUGCAGCGGGAGUCUGAGCGCCUGGAGCUCAUGAAUGCCGAGCUGAAGGCCCAGAUAGAAGAGCUGAAACAAGAGAGGCAGCAGCUGAUCCUGAUGCUGAACCGGCACCGUCCCACCUGCAUCGUACGGACAGACAGCAUCAAGACGCCCGAGAGUGAAGCCAACCCGCUGCUGGAGCAGCUGGAGAAGAAGUGAAGGUGGCACUGGAGGAGGAGACUGGCGCAGGGUCUUCCAGGGUCUCUAAAGUAUGUACUGUAUGAAGAACUGUGCACCGAGGCCUGGUGCGUUCAGGACCCAGUGGGCUUCCUUGGGAACUAUGGACCAAAAAAAUUUGGGGACAGAGAAGAUUGGGAAUCUAUCAACCGUCUACUCCGUGGCUGAACCCGGGAGCAGGGCUGGUGGCGCGGGUGAGGGCAACCUCUGUGUGAUACCUCAUCGCAGCCCUUCAGCCUGUUUGUGGCCCUGGGGACCCACGGCACACAGAGAAGGAGGAGACAGGAGAAGACCUCCCGCUUGGCCCUUUUCCCCACAGCUCUCGGCGUGCCCGUGGGGCGCAGGGACCGUGGCCUGCCGGAGCCACCCCCAGGGGCUGCCGCCGCUCCCGGCGCACACUCCGCACGGAACCCCAGCCGCAGAACCGCAGACACUUGAUGCGCCCCGUCCGGUGGCAGGCCCGUCGGGGCCCGGUGGCGCAGGCGCCCCCCACAAGCACACUCUCAGUAUAAUGUUUACAGCCCAGCUGUCCGUGUCGGCCGUGCUUUUGAAUGCACAUUUUUACACUUUUUUUAAAGAUAUUUUUUACAAAGUUUUUAUACAGCGAUCUCUAUAUGGAUUUAUGUAAUCACUAGAUGUGAUCCCAUAGAAAUGUAUGUUACGAUGGUCUGUUCGUUACAAACGCAUAUGCCACAGUUAUCUCCAUUGUGUUACCUGUCCGGCAGCGGGCUCCUUCCCCCAGCACGCUGGGACGGGGGCCCAGCAGCCCUCCGCAGUGCUGCCGCUGCCGCCUCCAUCCAUGUAUGUCCUUCAUAAUACUCAGUUCUGUAUCUCCCAGUAAAUGUUACCUUUAUGUA